ACAGCCUACGCAUGCCGGCGAUCGUGAUUUCACCGAAGUACCGGAAGAAACGAGCCGGUACCGAGACGCAAUAGAGCGCCGCAUAGCCGCUCCUCACUUCUUCGUUUCACCGUUGGAAACUGUCGGUGGGCUCCCUGAGCCCACCCUCUCAUCGGUCAAACUGGCGAGCGCGUUAACCGCUGGCAUGAACCCCCACCAUCCGGGCCACUCCGCAGCCUACCCCCACCAUCCCUCGCUCUCGAGCAGUCCGCAUCAUCCAGGGCCUGGCGGGCCGCAUCACGCGUAUGGGACCGGUGGAGGUGGCGGAGGUGGCGGCGGCGGCGGCGGUGGCGGCGGCACUACGACUACCCCCGACUUACCCAGCCCGCACUCACCCCAACAUACUGGUGGUGCCGGCGAUCCCGCCACCCCUUAUGGUGCCCUACAACCUGGACAGGGUAUGGGUAGCAACGGACAUCAUCAUAGCGGUGGCGGCAUGAUGCCAGAUCAUCCGCAUCACCCUGGACACCUCCAUCCCCAUAUGCCGGGGCAUCCCGCGUACCCGCCGGUUAAUCACAAUAAUAACUGCACGCUCAAGCAAGAAGGUAUCCCUAGCGGGUCAACGAGCCUUCGGCAAUGCGCCGCCUGCGGUGUACAAAUAGUGGAUAGAUGGCUGUUGCUAGCGAUGGACCGCUACUGGCACAUUGGCUGUCUCAAGUGCACAUAUUGCAACGUAGUAUUGGGAGAGAUCGGCCAGUCCUGCUACACCAAAAGUGGCAUGAUCCUCUGCAAGACCGACUACAGACGAAUGUUCGGCAGCCCUGGCGUCUGCGGGAGUUGUGGCAGCGCGAUACCCGCGAACGAACUGGUCAUGAGGGCUGGCGACUCGGUGUUUCACUUGAAAUGCUUCAACUGCAAUAAGUGUGGAGGUCAACUCAACGCGGGCGACAGAUAUUACCUACUAUCCGGCUCGCCGGUUUGCGAAUCUGACUGGCAUAAGAUUGUGAAAUCGUCGAGCGUCGCGGCAGCGGCAGCCGCGGCGGGCGGAAACAGCGGCGCACCCGUUAGGAAAGGCGGCAACCCGGUCGGUCGCCCGAAGAAGGUGCAACCCUCUCCGCAGCCGACGCCCCCCGUCGUACCUUCGCCUCAGGUAGAUGUAGUGGACGUCGCCGUCGGGGUGGACCCCUAUUCGCCGCCUCCGCCGGGUCAUCAGCACUAUCAUCAGUAUCACCAUCAUCACCAUCACCAGAUGGCACUCGUGCAUCCGGGUCUGGCCGCUCAGCAAUCGCAUCUCCAGGCGUCCGGGUAUCAGGACUGGUCGUCCUGGGCUCAGGAUACCUGCGAUUAGAUCCGCUGUUCGUCCGUAACAGGACUGUACCCCAAAGGAUGAAGAAUGAGCCUAACGUUGCGAGCCCAAACUCUUCAAGAGAAUCGCAAAGCGAGGAAAAGGCCACAGCGUAGUGUCCCUUGGAAACCGUCAUCGGUGAUUCUACGAGUGUCUCUGGACUUGGAACCGUGAUACUGAAUGUGUUUGAACUU